UGGUCGGUCCAGCUGCUCCAGCCUGCCCUUAGCGGCUCGGGACGCCUCACAGCCACCGCCCGCGGCCUCCUCAGCGCCGCCCGCUUCCCGGGACGACGCGGCCCCGCAGGCGCUUUCCAGGGGCGUCCCCAGCUGUGCCGGCCCGCGGGGCUGCGGGAGCCCCACGGGGACGGGGCGUCCAGGCCGCCCGGCGCGCACCCCUAGCCCAGCGCCCGAAGCGGCCCCGAGGGGCGGGCAGGCGGGCGGCCGGCGGGCCGGGCGGGGUGGGGGGCGCAGGGCGCCCCAGCCGCGCGGGCUUCCCCCACCCCCGUCGCGACCCCACCUCCCGCCCCCGCGGCGUGCGCGCUUAUGUCUGUCUGUCUGUCUGCUCUCUCGACGUCAGUGGGAAUUUCCAGCCAGGAAGUGAGAGAGUGAGCGAGAGAGAAAGAGAGAGAAGUGCACCAGCGCGCCGGGGCAGGAAGAGGAGGUUUCGCCACCGGCGCUCCCGGCGACGCGCUGACAGCUUCCCCUGCCCUUCCCGUCGGUCGGGCCUCCCGCGGCCGCCGCUGCCCUCGGCCUGCAGCCGCCGCCGGCCUCGCUGGGAGCCCAGCGCCGCCGAGGCCGGAGCCGCCGCGCCCUGGCCCCGCGCCCCGCGCUUCCCUCCGCCCGCGCCGCGGACAUGGCGCGCCACUGACUCUCGGCCCGGCCGGACCGCGUCCCGCUCGCCCCUGCCCGACCCGCUGCGGGCCCGCCCGGGCCCCGGCCGGCGCCGCCUCUGCCUCUUCGGCCCGCGGGCCGCGCCGCCCGGAGGGACUGCAGGCGCGCGGAGGCCGAUCGCGCGCUCGCCACCACGCUCCAAGAUGGCAGAAGAGGAUCCAUAUUUGGGAGGGCAUGAACAAAUGUUUCCAUUGAAUCCUUUGAAUCAUACAAUAUUUAAUCCAGAAUUAUUUCAACCAGAGAUGGCGCUGCCAACAGCAGACGGCCCAUAUCUUCAAAUAUUAGAGCAACCUAAACAGAGAGGAUUUCGUUUCCGUUACGUAUGUGAAGGCCCAUCCCAUGGUGGACUACCUGGUGCAUCUAGUGAAAAGAACAAGAAGUCCUAUCCUCAGGUCAAAAUCUGCAACUAUGUGGGACCAGCAAAGGUUAUUGUUCAGUUGGUCACAAAUGGAAAAAAUACCCACCUGCACGCCCACAGCCUGGUGGGAAAACACUGUGAGGAUGGGAUCUGCACGGUAACUGCUGGACCCAAGGACAUGGUGGUUGGUUUUGCAAACCUGGGUAUACUUCACGUGACAAAGAAAAAAGUAUUUGAAACUUUGGAAGCACGAAUGACAGAAGCGUGUAUAAGGGGCUACAAUCCUGGACUCCUGGUGCACCCUGACCUUGCCUACCUGCAAGCAGAAGGUGGAGGGGACCGCCAGCUCACAGAUCGGGAAAAGGAGCUCAUCCGCCAGGCGGCUCUUCUGCAGACAAAGGAGAUGGACCUGAGUGUGGUGCGGCUCAUGUUUACAGCUUUCCUUCCGGAUAGCACUGGCAGCUUCACAAGGCGCCUGGAACCCGUGGUGUCUGACGCCAUCUAUGAUAGCAAAGCUCCCAAUGCAUCCAACUUGAAAAUUGUAAGAAUGGACAGGACAGCUGGAUGUGUGACUGGAGGGGAAGAAAUUUAUCUUCUCUGCGACAAAGUUCAGAAAGAUGACAUCCAGAUUCGCUUUUAUGAAGAAGAGGAAAAUGGUGGAGUCUGGGAAGGAUUUGGAGAUUUUUCCCCCACAGACGUUCAUAGACAAUUUGCCAUUGUCUUCAAAACUCCAAAGUAUAAAGAUGUCAACAUUACAAAGCCAGCCUCUGUGUUCGUCCAACUUCGAAGGAAAUCUGAUUUGGAAACUAGUGAACCAAAACCUUUUCUCUAUUACCCAGAAAUCAAAGAUAAAGAGGAAGUGCAAAGGAAACGGCAGAAGCUCAUGCCCAAUUUCUCAGAUAGUUUCGGUGGCGGCAGUGGUGCGGGAGCUGGCGGCGGAGGCAUGUUCGGAAGUGGCGGUGCAGGAGGGGGUGCUGGAAGUGCAGGUCCAGGGUACAGCUUCCCCAACUAUGGAUUUCCUACAUACGGAGGGAUCGCCUUCCAUCCUGGAGCUACUAAAUCUAACGCUGGGAUGAAGCAUGGAACUUUAGACACCAAAUCAAAAAAUGACCCUGAAGGUUGUGACAAGAGUGAUGACAGAGACGCUGUAAAUUUCUCUGGGGAAGUCACUGGAGGCACACAACAAGAUAAGGAGUCCAGUAAGCCCAACAAUAGGAAUGAUGAGGUUGCUCUAAGGUAUACAGUGGGAGUGAAGGAUGAACACGCUAGGUGUCAAGAUAACCUCUUUCUAGAGAAGGCGAUGCAGCUGGCCAAGAGACAUGCCAAUGCCUUGUUCGACUAUGCAGUGACAGGAGAUGUGAAGAUGCUGCUGGCUGUCCAACGCCACCUCACUACUGUGCAGGAUGAGAACGGGGACAGUGUCUUACACUUAGCAAUCAUCCACCUUCACGCUCAACUUGUGAGGGAUCUGCUAGAAGUCACAUCUGGUUUGAUUUCUGAUGAAAUUAUCAACAUGAGAAAUGACCUGUACCAGACACCCUUGCACCUGGCAGUGAUCACCAAGCAGGAAGAAGUGGUAGAGGAUUUGCUGCAGGCCGGGGCUGACCUGAGCCUUCUUGACCGCUUGGGUAACUCUGUUUUGCACCUGGCUGCCAAAGAGGGAAACGAUAAAAUUCUCAGUAUCUUGCUCAAGCACAAAAAGGCAGCACUACUCAUCGACCACCCCAAUGGGGAAGGUCUGAAUGCCAUUCACCUAGCCAUGAAGAGCAACAGUCUGCCAUGUCUGCUGCUGCUGCUGGCUGCGGGGGCCGACGUCAACGCCCAGGAGCAGAAGUCUGGGCGCACAGCGCUGCACCUGGCUGUGGAGCACGACAACAUCUCCUUGGCCGGCUGCCUGCUGCUGGAGGGGGAUGCCCAUGUGGACAGCACCACCUAUGAUGGAACGACACCCCUACAUAUAGCAGCUGGGAGAGGGUCCACCAGGCUGGCAGCUCUUCUCAAAGCAGCAGGAGCAGAUCCCCUGGUGGAGAACUUUGAGCCUCUCUAUGACCUGGAUGACUCUGGAGAGGAUGAAGGAGUCGUGCCUGGAACCACACCCCUCGAUAUGGCAGCCAGCUGGCAGGUAUUUGACAUAUUAAAUGGGAAACCAUAUGAGCCAGAGUUUACAUCUGAAGAUUUGCUAGCACCAGGAGACAUGAAACAGCUGACUGAAGAUGCAAAGUUGCAGCUCUACAAAUUGCUAGAAAUUCCUGAUCCAGACAAAAACUGGGCUACUCUGGCACAGAAAUUAGGACUGGGGAUACUUAACAAUGCCUUCCGGCUGAGCCCUGUACCUUCUAAAACACUUAUGGACAACUAUGAGGUCUCUGGCGGGACGGUCAAAGAGCUGGUGGAGGCCCUGAGACAGAUGGGCUACACGGAGGCCAUCGAAGUGAUCCAGGCGGCUUCCAACGCAGUGAAGACCACCUCCCAGGCCCCCCUGCUGCCUCUCUCACCUCCUUCCACAAGGCAGCAAAUAGAUGAGCUUCGAGACAACGACAGCGUCUGUGACAGCGGCGUGGAGACAUCCUUCCGCAAACUCAGCUUUACGGAGUCUCUGACCAGCGGCAGCCCAUUGCUAACUCUUAACAAAAUGCCCCAUGAUUACGGGCAGGAAGGACCUAUAGAAGGCAAGAUCUAGCCUGCUGGCAAUUUCCCACCCUGUGUAAACCAAAGUCCUAAAAUUCCACUGUGUUGUUCAAAGGAAGGAAGGUAAAGUGCAUUCAGAGGUGCUCAGAAGAAAACCAGAAUCAUUCUUAAUUCAAGGCCUUCUAAACUUGGCUUCCUUUCUUGGCUCAUAAAUGAAUUUUAGCUGGGUUCACUUGCAGCUGGUACCUAGCCAUCACAGUGCUCAGCUGAGUGCUGUAUCUGGGGAGGGGGUGGCUUAAACGAGCUUUGCUGGCUGCUCCUAGAUCACAGUCGCUUCUGUUGUGAUUGCUGCUAUCCCCUGCUGCCUCCUGCUAUUAUUAAAAGGUAUCACUCUUCCCACUCUCCAGCCAUCCAGAACCUUCGAAUCAAGAAUCAAGAAAAGGGUAUUUUAAGAUGAGAGUCACUUAGUGUGCAAUAAAAAAAAAAAGCGUAUUGCUUUUUCAAAGAUUGCUGUCUCUGUGAUUUAAAAAGAGAGAACACAUACUUGUCAAUAUUUAAACAUGAUUACAAUCUGUGCUGAAAAUGCUAUUUUCUUCCCCCUUUUCUGCAUUUUGCUAUUGUAAAUAUGUUUUUUAGAUCAAAACUUUAAGGGAAAAGAUAUUGGACUUAUAAAUGCUAUUUUUUAUUUUACUUUUAUAAUAAAAGGAAAAGCAAAUCGA